AUGAGACUACCUUGGAAACGACUUAUACGCUUCGAGGCCGUUGAUGGUCGCAUUCUUCGCGGUGAACCCAUACUCCCUAGCGAGAAGGAAAUCGAUUUGGGCUUUGUUACCGCAGCCGACAAACUCCAAGUGAGAGUAUUAUCUGGAGACGAUAUCUAUGAUACCACUGGAAAGACUCGCUUCACAGAAGAGGUUGCUCAGGUCGAGCGGGUUCUUGGACCGCUUACUCCAAGUGAAACACCCAUUCUACGAUGCGUCGGGCUAAAUUACUCAAAACAUAUUAAAGAAGCAGGUCGAAAGCCUCCUCCGUUCCCAUUUAUCUUCUUCAAACCAAACACCACAUUAAACGACCAUGGUGCGCCAGUGGUGAUUCCGAAAAUUGCGCAAAAUGAACAAGCUGAUUACGAAGGGGAGCUGUGUAUCGUGAUCGGAAAAGACGCCAAAGACGUGACGGUUGAAGAUGCCCUGGAUUAUGUAGCUGCUUACACAGUUGGGAACGAUAUCUCGUCACGGAAGCUCCAGAGAGAUCCGGCCUAUGCUGGUGGCGUUCCGCAGUGGGGAUUCUCCAAGGGGUUUGAUACAUUUGCGCCUCUUGGUCCUGUUUUGGUUGCGGCAUCAGAAAUACCAGACCCAUCCAGGCUUCACUUGAAGACAGUCAUUGAUGGUGAAGUGCGACAGGACGAACACGUCUCAGAUCUGCUAUUCGACUGCAAGUAUCUCAUCUCAUACCUCUCACAAGGAACAACAUUGCAAAAAGGGAGUGUUAUCAUGACAGGCACCCCUGGAGGCGUCGGUGCUGGUUUGAAUCCUCCCAAAUAUUUAGUCCCAGGUACGCAGAUGGAUGUUUUCAUCUCCGAGAUCGGGACUUUGAGGAACAAUGUAGUGUUUGCAUGA